AUAAUUAUCUACAUUCGCCAGAUGCCGGAUGUAGAUAAUUAUAUCAGAAAUUUUUGAUGUGGUUUCCGGUCUAGCAUUGUACCCAGCAAACAACUCGCAAUUCACGUCAGUCUCUACUUGCCUCUCGUUGAAAAUAGUCGAUCCACUCUCUGUAAAAAAUAAAAAAUGUUUCUAUGCAGCAUUUGCGGCAAAGUGUUUUCCAGGAAAGAUAGCCUGUCCAGGCAUAUGAAGAGAUGUGCUAAUGGCGAGUUUUUUUUUUAUUUUAUUUUUAUAUUGUGCAAUAUUAAAUGUUUUUUCUAUUUUUUAUUUUAGCCAAUGAAAUCCAAACUGCUACGCCCCAAACCAGCGCGGACGUUUGUGCUGGCCCCAGUAAACAUACGUGCGAAAAAUGCUCGAAAGUGUUCACUAGAAAAUCCGAUGUAAAACGACAUAUGAGGAUUUGUAAUGUUAAACAAACUGGGAAAUCUUACAUCUACAUCGCAAACUAAUAUGGACUCUAUCAAUCUUACGUGUGAAAAAUGCUCGAAAGCGUUCAGCAGAAAGGAUAAUUUAGGCAAGCAUAUGAAGAUUUGCAAAGGAGCCCUCAACGCCAAUCAACCUGAAACAAAAAAUUUAGAGAAGACCUCUCUGAAAAGAACAAGCUCUCCCACUAACAUCAAUCAGGCGGAGCCAGAGUCUUCGGUGCCAAAGAGAGCUAGACUUGGUUUCAAUAACGAACACCUGGUAAUGCAGGAGGAAGGUGUUUACUUAGUUAAAACCUCAUAUAAAAACCGAAUUGCUACAUAUCGGCUUUUAUCGAAAAAAGAUCCUAUCAGCGUUAAUGAUUUUUUAGCUAAUCUCCGUGAAAAAAUCAUUGCGCUGGUAAGAUGCCAAAUCGAAAGAUUUGGUAAUGUGAAAGUCGGUAUGGAGCUUUUCGGGCGUUUCCUCCUGCAGACAAAAGAAGUGGAGGAAACCAAGUCCUUUGGCAGCCGAUUUAGGGGAGCAAGCCAAGGCACCGAUUUGGAGGAGCUGUUUGAUCAGUUCACCACUAUCAUUAAGCGGAUAUUCCAGGAGUUUAAUGAAAAAGAUAGUGGUUGGACUGUUCAGCAACUCAAUAAAAUCAACCUACUAAAAGCCUCAUCUUACAUACCAUUACCGAAGGAAAUAGAAGCGAAAAGGGCUGUGUUGAACAUACAAAACACUGACCAGAAAUGUUUUGUAUGGUCGGUUUUAGCCGCCUUUCACCCAGUUCCCCGAACUCAGAACGCCAACCGAGUUCAGAAUUAUCAAUCUUUCGAACAGGAAUUGGAUGUGACAGGUAUAGAUUUUCCGAUAUCUUUGAAACAGGUGUCAAAAUUCGAACAACUCAAUAAUAUUUCUAUUAAUGUUUAUGGACUCGAGAAGGGUUAUAAACAUGAUAGGAAUAUUAAAUUUACGAAUUUCGAACGAAAAUUAAAAGUGCCUUUUGUUGUAUACGCUGAUUUUGAAACUAUUUUGGAACCUAUACAAACAGAGCAAAACGAGUUGGAUCCUGAAAUUUCCUAUACGGUGAAAACACACCAACACGUUCCUUAUUCUUUUGCCUAUUACAUUAAAUGCGAUUUUGAUAAUUCUCAGUCGAUUUUCAAGACUUUUAGGGGACCUGAUGCACAUAAAGUUUUCAUAGAUUGGUUAGAGACUGAUUGUAAAUCAAUCUACAAUCGAUUUAUGAAAAAUAUUGUAUCCAUGUCUCCUCUCAGUAGCGUACAAGAAGCCGAGUUUUAUCAGAUGACACACUGUCAUAUUUGCGAAAGACCAUUUAAUGUAGAAGAUGAAAGAGUAAGGGACCACUGUCAUCUAACAGGAAAAUAUCGAGGUGCGGCUCACUCUGUUUGUAACCUAAAUUUUAAAGUACCUAAUUUUAUUCCUGUGUUCUUCCACAACAUGUCAAAUUUUGACAGCCAUCUUUUUAUAAAAGAAUUGGCUGUGGAGGAAGAACGAUUGGACGUCAUCCCCCAAAACAAAGAAAGAUAUAUUUCUUUUACAAAAUAUAUUAUGGUGGGGGAUGACAACGAUCAGGAAAAGCGACAACAAAAGAUAUUUUUAAAAUUAAGAUUUUUGGACAGUUUUCGAUUCAUGGCAUCAAGUCUAGAUAAACUAAGUCAAAAUUUAACGUCUCAACAGUGUCGCGAAGUUAGGAAGUAUUUCCCUAACGAAGAAGAAUUUAAGGUUAUUCGUAUGAAGGGUGUUUUCCCAUAUUCGUACGUAGAUUCCUUUUCCAAAUUAGACGAUACCAAGCUUCCACCCAUUGAUGGCUUCUAUAACGAACUUAGAAAAGAAGCCAUCAAACAAGGAGAUUACGAGCGUGCAUUGAACGUAUGGAAUUUAUUUAAAUGUCAAACUUUAGGCGAAUAUUCAGAUAUAUAUUUAAAAUCCGACGUACUAUUAUUAACUGAUGUUUUUGAGAAUUUUAGAGAGGUGUGUCUACAAACAUACGGUCUAGAUCCUUGUCAAUACUUCACCGCACCAUCUCUGUCCUUUGACGCGGCCUUGAAAACCACCUCUAUCGAGCUGAAAUUAUUGACAGAUCUAGACAUGAUACAUUUCUUUAAACACGGGAUUCGCGGCGGUGUCAGUCAAUGUAGUGUUAGAAAAGCUAUCGCGAAUAAUAAAUUUAUGUCUAUAUACGACGCUUCCAAACCUACUUCCUACAUUAUGUACUUGGAUGCUACCAAUUUAUAUGGUGCAGCCAUGUCGCAAUAUCUACCAACAGGUAACUUUACGUGGCUAACAGAAGAAGAAAUUUCAAACUUAAAUUUUAUGAAUAUCGAUAAAAAUUCUAAUAUAGGUUAUGUUUUUGAAGUCGAUUUAGAGUAUCCGGAGCAUUUACAUGAUUUACACAACGAAUUACCCUUUUGCCCAGAGUCCGUUCAACCAGAGGGAUCUAAAGUUUCAAAAUUAAUCCCCAAUUUUAAUUCUAAAGUUAGAUAUGUAAUUCAUUAUCAAAAUUUACAACAAGCGUUGAACCAUGGUCUGAAACUUGCCAAAAUUCAUCGCAUUUUAUCAUUUAAUCAAUCUCCCUGGUUGAAAACCUACAUUGAUCUAAAUACAGCAAAGCGUAAUAACGCUGAAAAUAAGUUUGAAAAAGAUUUUUUCAAACUUAUGAAUAACGCUGUAUUUGGAAAGACAAUGGAGAACGUGGAGAAACGGGUAAAUAUUAAGUUAGUUACCCACUGGGAAAAUAUUGGUAGAAAGCUAGGGGCAGAAGCGUACAUUUCCAAACCGCAUUUUAAAGACUUGACGAUUUUUAGCGAGAAUUUAGUCGCAAUACAUAUGGCUAAACAGAAAAUCGUAUAUAAUAAACCUAUUUACGUAGGUUUUUCAAUUUUGGAAAUUUCCAAAACUAUUAUGUAUGAUUUUUUGUAUAGUUAUAUUAAACCAAAGUACGGUAAUAAAGCCUCACUGCUCUACACUGACACCGAUUCUCUAAUUUUACAAAUUCAAACCGACAAUUUUUAUGAUGACAUGCGCGAAAAUUUGGAUAGAUUCGAUACGUCAAAUUACUCGCAAAACAAUCCACACGAUAUUCCUGUAAAUUCGUCUGUAAGCAAUGCCGUAUGA